AUGCUUCCGUUUGCCAUUCCUUACCCUGCUGAGCAAGAGCAUGGCUACUGGGGAAUACCCACUUCCACCAUCGAUUGGUGCGAAGAGAAUUAUGUGGUAUCUAGUUACAUUGCAGAGGCUUUGAACACGGUUACCAACUCGUGCUUCAUUGCGUUGGCUUCAUUUGCUAUUUACCACGGUUACACAAACAAAUUAGAUCUUCGCUUCAUUUUGUCGGCUCUAGGCUUCUUGCUUGUGGGAAUCGGCCUGUGGUUGUUCCACAUGACGCUUAAAUAUGAGUACCAGCUAUUAGAUGAGCUUCCAAUGAUCUAUGCUACAUGCAUCCCAUUCUGGAGUGUUUUCUCACAGUCAAAGUCUACAAAGGGAUCGGUGAUAGUGGGGCUCUCGAUUUUCUUUGCUGCCAAUCUCCUUACCGCGAUCUACUUGCACUUCAAGAAUCCUACCAUCCACCAAGCAGCAUAUGCUUUGCUUAACGCGGGAAUCAUCUUCCAAAGUGCAAGAUUGGCACACAAUAAUAUUCACGAUAAGGCGGCAUUGAAGCAAUUGAACCGGACUAUGAUUUUUGGCGUCUCCAUUUUCCUCUUGGGCUAUUUCUUGUGGAAUGUCGAUAUUCAUUUCUGCCCUCAAGCAAGAGCAACAAGAAGAGAAUGGGGCAUUCCUUAUGGAUUUAUUUUAGAGGGACAUGGAUGGUGGCAUAUUUUAACCGGAACUGGUGUUUACUUCUACUUGGUGUACGAGGAGUAUUUGCAUUGCUGGUUGACUGGCACCAACAAGUUCUAUUCUUUUGAAUGGAAAUACGGUUUGCCUGUGGUGGUUUUGAAGGAUGAAGCUGGUUUACAAGCAUUCAAGUUAGCUGCCAGAUCUAAGAAAGAUCGUUAA